CGCAAAGGUUCCAUUAUUUCCUUGGCUUUGGUGAAUCGACGACGGUUCAUUUUCCUAUUUUGUUGAAGUCGACGAGUGAUGGACGCGACGCUUCGGAUCGGUGCGCUUCUUGGCGCCGCCAGUCUCGCGCUCCUCAGCGUCAGCGGUGGCUGUGCCGUGGCGCCCGACGACUGCCCUGUGCCAAAUGAAUUUGUGCUGCCGAUGGCCAUGGUGGGCGCCGCGACCUUGCUGCCAAUUCUCUACUGCGUCCUCGCGUUCCGCCGCGACCACCGCGCGGCGAGUAGCGAAGCGAGGGCACUCUUGUCCUCGCCGACGUCGCGGCUCGUUGAUGGAAAGGGCGUAUGCGUCACGGCCCGUGUUCACGCCUACAUGUAUGCGAGCCACUUCAUGUCGGCCUGGGGCGAUCGCAUGUGGCAGUUUGCGAUCCCACUGCUCUUUAUGGAGAUCUUUGUCAAUACGCUGCUGCCGAGCGCCGUCUUUUCGCUAGUCGUCUACGUCAUUGGUGUCGCCGCCGUGCCGUCGCUCGGGCAGUGGCUCGACCACACGAGCCGCAUGACCGUCCUUAACGUCUCGAUUGUUGUUGAGAACGCGUGUGUGCUGCUCAGUACCGGCACGCUCGGUUGCAUGCUCUAUCUCAUUCAUGGCGCUGCCACGCUCCAGUGGAAUUGGACGUGGCCGCUCACAUUGCUGUUUGGGUGCACGAUCGCACUCGGUGCGGUCGGCCAAGUGUUUAGCGACGCGCAGACGCUGUCGCUGGAGAAGGACUGGGUCGUCGUCAUUGCGACCGAGACGUCGACGCGCCUCGGCGACUGGAACACGACGAUGCGUCGCAUCGACCUCUCAUGCAAGCUGCUCGCGCCGGCGGCCUUUGGUAUCCUCAUGGACUAUGCCGGCUCCGACCCCAUGACCCGGGCGACCGUUGGGGCGGCGGCGGUCGGUGUCUGGAACUUGAUGUCGGCGCCACUCGAGUACGCCAUGGUGCGAGAUGUCUAUGCGCUCGUGCCAGCGCUCGCCAACUCGUCGCACAUUGAGAGCGCCAAGCCGAAAGCCACCUUGUCGCUGCGCCAGUACACGUCCAUGUGGGCAGCAUACGCAGCCCACCCGACGUUUCUCGUCUCCUUUGCCUACUGCGCACUCUACAUGACGGUGCUCUCGGGCAGCGGCCUCAACAUUGCGUAUUUGCAAUGGCGCGGCGUCGCGCUCUCCCUCCUCGGUGCCACGUCGGGUCUUGGCGCGCUCUUUGGUCUCCUCGGCACGCUGCUGUUUCCGCUGCUUGUGCAACGAAUUGGCAGCGUCGAGCGCGUCGCUGUCGUGAGCGUCUGGCUCUUCUGGCUCACGCUACUGCCAGUCGGUGCGUCCUUUCUCCUGUUUGGGCAGGUGCAGAUCACCGACUACGUCAUGAUCGUGGCCGUGCUCCUCUCGCGCGCGUGGCUCUGGAGCGCGGAUCUUGCCGAGACGCAGAUCAUGCAAGAGUGGGUCGAAGUCCAGCGCCGCGGCACCAUCAAUGCGAUGCAGAGCGCGACGACCAAGCUCUUUUACAUCGGCAUGCUCCUCGUGAGCAUCGCGUUCGCCGACCCGCACGCCUUUAGGACGCUCGUCUUUGUGUCGCUCAGCGCCGUUCUUUUGGCCGCGAUUGGCUUCUCAACUUGGUUCUCGACCAUCGGGCGGUUCGGUCCUCCCGUCGCCAGCACCGUCUAGCGCUCGGAUAGAGCUCCGACGCGAGCGUGGUCGACUCUAGUUGGUAAACGUUGUCCAUAUCAAUCAUUCAACCUUCA